AUGCUCUCUUCUUCUUCUUCUUCAUUUCUGUCCUCCCCAACCCCGAUCCUCUGCGUCAAACCCAAAACAACCGUUCCAACAUCGCCUCGUUUUAGAUUUCAUUCAACCGUCGCGGCCGCCACAACAACAACAACUGCUUAUUCAUACACUUCAACGGAAAAUACAAGGUCCAAGACGACCACAUAUCGGAGUCCUCCUCACCCCAUGGCAUCAUGCGCUGCCUCAUUUUACGAGAUUCUCGGAAUACCCUUGGGAGCAUCUAAUCACGAGAUUAAAACCGCAUAUCGACGACUGGCCAGGACUUCCAUCCCGAUGUUGCAAGAAUUGAUUGUAAGGAUUCAUCGGCGGACUCCUUCAUCAGAUUCAUGCGCGCUUACUGCACUCUAUCGGAUCCUGAAAAACGCGCGGUCUAUGAUCAGAACUUUUCCGAGAACAGACCGUGUGACUACUGUUUCCGGAUUUUCAGGAUACCUGGUCGGAACUGGGAGACUGACCAGUGUUGGUAGAGAGUUGAUCACCUAG